CAAAACGGCACCGGAGGCAGCAGAAGUCCCUCCCCCACCCACAGAUCCCCUUUCAAGCACGCUGCUUUUCACCCCGAACUUCCGCCACACCUGCCUUGAUUGGGGACCCCCCGUCCUGAUCAGCUGCAGCAGCUCAGCAGAAUCAGCCCCACAGAGCUCGGGUGAGCCGACCCCUCUCCUGCCCCCCCCACGGCCAUUGCCAUCGUUAUAACGAUCGUUGUAACGGCUAUUGCUAAAACGGCCACUGCUGUCGUGUAACGAUCGUUAUAACGGCCAUUGCUAAAACGACCAUUGCCAUCGUUAUAACGAUCGUUAUACGGCAGGGUCAGGGUGGCGUGGUCGGCGGGCGGGCGGCCAGAGUCCCCCCAGCGACGACCACGACGUUAUAACGAUCGUUAACGGCAGGGUCAGGGUGCCGUGGUCGGGGGGGGGGCGGCGGGCGGCCAGAGUCCCCCCAGCGACGACCACGACGAACCUCCAGCUGCGGCAGCAGCGGAGGAAGGGCGCCGGACCAAUCAGCGCGCUGUGUCGGGCGAAAGGCGAGGCCAUUGGGCAGGAGGCGCCGGGGAGGGUCUGCCAUCAUUGGCUUGAGGUGGAGGCCAAGCCCUCCCCCUCCGCCCUUUCCAAACCGGCACCGGCGGCAGCAGAACUCCCUUUCCCGCCCCCAGACCACGCCACCCUGACCCUCCACGUCGUUAUAACGACACCCCCUUGUCAUUAUAACGACCCCCCCACAGGGGCCCCGAUUCUCUGUUCAUCAGCAAGACUCCUUUUUUUUGUUUUUCACGGCAAAAGAGAGCUUGCAACUCCCAUGUGUAGAAAACAAAUUGGUGAACAUUUCCAUUCUUUAUCUGUUGAACUUCUGCCUGUCCUGUGGUUUAAGAGGCAGACAAGCUAUGGCGGUGUGGCUGCAUAAUUUUUCUAGCUCCCGCCUCCCUUUAAAAAUAAAGUGAAGAAAAGAAGAAUUUAACUUUCCUUGACCUUAUUUAUAUGUCCUGUUUCUCCCCUGGUGAGCGCACCGUCUGCGUUUGAGAACCUGAAAUCGUGUAAGAAAACCAACGAGACCUUCUCCCUUUCCUUACGGUAAAACCUUCCAUUCACCCGACCUCGCUGUCGCUUUACAACCGCAACAAUUGGCCUCUCUGUGAUAAUGCCAGUCACGUGACAGGGCAAACGACCGUUUCCGGCCCUCUUCCUGCCUCGACGAGUUAUUUCCGCCCCGCCCGAGAGGCUAGUUCCGCUUCAAACUUCUCUAGCCCUCCUCUCUAUGGCAGCCGAACGUGCUGCCCUUAUCGAGCGAGGGACUGCCGGGGCUCUCCUUCGCCUGUGUAGCCCCCUUUCUCCAUUCUAGGCCGCUCUGUCUUUGGCCCUCCCUCCAGGCGUCUAUGGUUCAAUUAAAGGGGCCGCUCGGCUUGAAGGGCUGCGGGAUCCCGAGAUGCUGCUGACGGUGAAGGCGCUUCAGGGCCGGGAGUGCAGCCUGCAGGUAUCCCCAGACGAGCGUAUCUCCGCUGUCAAACACCUGGUCUCAGAGAAGCUGAACGUGCCCGUGUCCCAGCAGCGCCUGCUUUUCAAAGGCAAAGCUUUGGCAGAUGAACACCGCCUCUCUGAUUACUCCAUUGGGCCGGAGUCCAAGCUGAACCUGGUGAUCAAGCCGCCGGAGAAGGCGUCCCCCGAGGAAGUGGGCCGCAGAUGUGGCUCCCCCCAGACACCUGCUGUUUGGCACACACUGGCUCAAGUCCUGGGCAGGCAUUACAGUACAGCCGAUGCGGAGAAAGUGCUGGAGCAGCUGCAGAAGGAUUACGAGCGGAGCCUGCGGCUGCUGAGCUUAGAUGACAUUGAGCGUCUGGCUACACGGCUGCUUCACCCCGAGGUGGCGGAGGCCGUGGAGAUGGGCUUUCUGGAUUAGCUGCCGGACUUGGGGAUUGACCCCCGUCAGCUCCUUUGGACACAGAGCCCCCAGGCCGGGCCCAAACAGAGGGCUGAAUGGGAACGAUCCCUCUGGACUGCUUUUAAAGGGGGAAGGGGGCUUAGACCAUUCGUAACCCCUCCCCAUCCAUUAAAGGUGGUGACGGGUGAGCUUGGGCUGCCCGGUCUAUUCUGUUCAGCUGAAAUGGGGUCACAUCGAAGUUUGGAGGGGGGGGGGUCGCUUGCCCUGAGAGAUGCAGCCACCUCAGAUGUUGAGGCUAGUUCUGUUUCUAUAUAGAUUUUUUCCCCUUCAUCACCAAAGUCCAGCCUCCCCACCCCCUUGGUUGAUCCUUAUUGCGUAAGCCAAAGGCCAGUUCCAUUAACAGCGUUCCCCAGAAUUUGCAGGCAAGAAAAAUCAAAUCGCAGUUGAAAUUUUUAAUACUUGUUUUGAAAUCUUGAGUGACUGUUCUUUCCGGUGCCACAAUGUAAACUUGAAGAAUAGAAUAAAGCGAACCCAGGUCCCAACGCAA